AUGCACAUCUCAACCAUCCUCACCAUCUCCCUCGCCACCACGGCCUUCUCCCGCGCCGCCGACAAAGUCUGCACAUCAACAUCCUCCGCCACACUAACAUGGCGCAUCACAAACUUCGACUACCACUCUCUCGAGACGUUCACCACGCCCGCCCACCAAAACGACUACGGAUCCGCCAACUUUACGCUGGAGAACAGCGCGCUCAGCUACAGGACGACCUGCGCGGGUGUCUCUGCCCAAGCGCCGGAUUACUUCUACGGGGACAAGGUGUAUGAGUGUGAGACGCCGGCUGACGAGAAGGGCGAUAUGUCGAGAUUUGCGUUUGAUAAGAAGAGUGGCGUGUUGAGGAUUAAUCAGACGUGGGUGUGUGAGAGGGAUGGGAGCCGGUUUGAUGGGCUGGGGGAGGUGCGGCUUGAUUUGAAGUGUAGGGAGGAUAGGUGGGUGAAUCCGGAGUGGAAGAUGGGCGAGGAUUAUUCGAGACGGAGUGUGAGUUGUGGGAGGGUGGAUGUUCCUGUGAAUAUUACGUAUUUGCAGGGUACGGCUUGA